AAGUAACUAAGAAAAUAGCCUAGGCAUAUCCAAAAACGAGAAAGCAUCCUCCACACAACCAGAACAACCAUGUCUCCCUUAGUCAGUAUCCUAUCCACUCCCAUUCUAGCCAUUCUGGUCUAUUUUCUCCUCCGCCGCCACGUGGCAAAGCGCCGCCACCCCCUCCCUCUGCCGCCGGGGCCGAAGCCGUGGCCGAUCGUCGGCAACCUCCCGGACUUGGGCCAGAAGCCGCACCAGUCGAUUGCGGGCCUGGCCCGGAAGUACGGGCCCAUCAUGCACCUGCGCCUGGGGUCCGUGCACGUGGUGGUGGCCGCCUCCGCAUCCGUGGCGGCGCAGUUCUUGAAAGCCCACGACGCGAACUUCUCCAGCCGGCCGCCGAACUCCGGCGCCAAGCACAUUGCCUAUAACUACCAGGAUAUGGUUUUCGCGCCGUAUGGCCCCCGGUGGCGGAUGCUUCGGAAGAUCUGCGCCGUCCAUCUCUUCUCCGCUAAGGCGUUGGAUGACUUCUGCCAUGUCCGUCAGGGAGAAGAAGAAAUUAGGGAAGAAUUGAAUACGGAGUAUCUUGAGGAAGAAAGAGAAUAAAAUGUUGAAUUAUACUUCCUCCCCGUAAAUCAUUGCUCAAUUUUUGUACCCCUAAAAAACAUUAUUUUGCUCACUUUAAUUUCUCUUUGUACAAACCAUUGACUAUUUUUUAUUUAUUUUUCAAUUCAAUCGAGUUUACCACUUUUAAAUUUUAAAUUACAACUAAUUUUAAUUUAAGUGCAUGACCGGGCUUUAGGAUUCAGCGGUAAUAAACUACUACCUCCGUCCCGCUAUAUUCGUCCACUUUUGACUUUUGAAACUGUUCAUCUAAGUACUUUGACUCAUCAAAUUCUCUAAAUGUGUAAGCCUAAAUAUAGUCAUGUGUGAUCU